GAGUGGGUGGUCACAUUGUUUUCUAUUGUGUAUCUAUUACAAUUUGUGGCAUAUCUGCAAAGAGUAAAUGCAUUUUUAUUCUUCGAUAUUUUUCUUUUACACAGUAAAUGCUACACUCAGUGGCACCUAAAUAUGAAUUUAUACCUCUGUGUUUUUGGUGUCUAUUGUUGGACUUUUUCCAGAUUUUUAACCGAGGCCAAUGAAGAGACACAUGUUAAGACUGGCAGCUCAAUUUUUCUACAUCUAAAUAGAAGAGGCAAUAUGAGCACUGAUGACUACACAUUGAAGAAAGAUGAUAAGCUGGUGGUAAAAUAUAAAAGCUCUCUUCCUCAGUAUUACGGGACUUAUACACGUAGAUCCCAAUUCUAUCCUAAUAUGACUCUCAGAAUUGAUGGAGCAAUGGAAAGUGAUUCAGGAAAUUACUCGUUGGAAAUUUAUAACAAUGGCAAGUUUGUACAUAGAGAAACAUAUUGUAUUGUCGUAACUGUUCCACCAGUUUAUGGCAUCCUAUAUGGCUCUGUGUUCCUGUAUCUAAGAAAGGGGAACCACUUGCGGAGUUCCGGCAUUGUGUGGAAGAAGAAUGGCUUGGAGGUGGCUAGUCUCAAAAACUCGGAGGUCCGGCUUCAUGAAGCUUACAAUGGCAGAGCAGAACUCUUUCCAGAUGGAACUCUCAGGCUCGACAGAACAGAAGCAAUGGAUGAGGGAACAUAUACUUUGGAGCAGACAGACGGAAUGGGCCAUAGGGAAAGCUAUCGUUUAUUCCUGCUUGAGAACAGCAAGUUUGACAGUGUGGAUGGAGAAGAGGGGAGUUCAGUAUUUCUCCACGUGCAGCAAGUCAGACUGCCCUCCAAUAUUCACAUUACUUGGAAAAGGGAGGACAAUCUGCUGGCCACCCUUAAAGAUCAUGACUAUUACACUUUUAACAGAACUGGAAUUGUGCUUUUCCCAAAUGGGACACUAAGACUGGAUAAUGCCCAAGAGCCAGACACAGGACCAUAUUCCUGGGAUAUAUUAGAUGUGGAAAAAAAACAUACACACCAUGGAGUUGUACAAUUGUUUGUUAUCUAUAAUGAACAGCGUCCACCAGUUUAUGGAUCCCUUGGCAGAUCAGUUUCUCUGUCUUUGGUCAACGGCCGGGGUGAAAAUGUCUAUGAUGUAAAAUGGAUGAAAGGAGACAUCUCUGUGGCACAGUUCAAGACAGCCUUCCCUUCUUACAAUGGAAACUAUAAAAAUCGGUUGAAGAUCUUCAGUAAUGGGACAAUGAUUAUGGACAGAAUACAGGAAAAUGAUUCAGGAGUUUACAGUGUAGACUUUUUCUAUAAAAAUGGUACAAAACACAAAAUUGUGUUUAAACUGUAUAUAAAUGACUCCACGCCUCUAGACAAAAAUAUUCAUACAGUCUGCAACCCUGAUGGGAAAAUUGAUUAUUUCUGUUUGGUACAAGAAGGUCUGAUUAGUGAAAUGGCAGUUUAUCUGAUGUGUCACUUGUGUAUGGUUUUGGUCUUCCUCACAAUCUCUGUUUUUGUGCUGGUUUGUCUAAAAAAUAGGAAAACAAAGAGAAUGCAGAGGAGACCAAUGUAAACUUGUAAAAUAAAAUGUACCAGCUAAUUUCAGGUUAUGUGGAAUUAAAACCUUUGAUCCAAAUGCCAGCAAUGAUGAACUAGGAUAAAAAAUCAUCCCUUGCAUUUGAAGCAAGCACGCCAAACAUUUAAAGCAUGCAUUUAAAGCAUGCACGCCAACAUUUGGGCUAUGUAGCAGUUUCAUAGGCUAUUUCGUUAUUAUUUUCAAGCUUCAUUUCACUGUGUCUCAUCAAAAAUACACAUAUGUUUUUGGUAACGCUCUAUGUGAUACAGAAAUAUAAAUACUGGUUUGAAAGGGAUUGAUCUUGAGAUUUAAUCAUACAAAGCAGUUUUGGAUUAUGGAAUCCAUUUUGUAAUCAGGGAUAUGACACUUACUCUCUCUCUCAUUUCUGUGCUACACAGUCAGUUUUAUGUGUAUUUGUGUCCAUGUUCUAAGAUGGCAGAAACAAUUAUUGGGAAACAGCAGCCCCAGCUCAACAAUUUACUGUAUAUCAUAAUACAGUCCUCAGAAUGGCAAAGAGCAUCACAGAUGAUUCUACACACCCGCUCCAUUCUCAAUUCAUAGUGAUCCCAUCAGGUAGACUGUACAGGGUACCAAAUUCAAAUAAAGAUAUUUAUAGUUAUAUUAUCUUUUGUCCCUGCUCAAUGAAUGUAUGUUAAUGUAGUCUAUUAAUGUAUCACAAACUUUUGUGAUGUAAUGUACUGUACUUCAUGUGAUUUUACUGUUUUGUUUUUGUAUUUUGUACUUUUAUGGGAGAAGCCAAAGACACAUUUCAACAGUAGUGGACAAUAAAAUAUCUAUCAAG